AGGUGGUACUUCACUUGCAGCGGAGGCCUUUUUUCUAGAAAUCCUCUAGGAAUUUUCUAGGAACCAGUGUUACCAGAAUCUCGUUUCUCAGAAUAGUCCCGUCUACCAGGGACAGUCGCUAGAUGUGAUAACCUCUUUUAGGAUAUUCUUCGGAACUCUAGUGUUAACGCUGAUGUCCCCCCUCCCAAAAAAAAACACCUGACCAUAAUAACCACUCAGCAUAUAACUGAGCAUUUUCCUCUCCUGAAUUUCAGACGGAUUCUUCCCUGUUUCCCUUGCGAAGAUCUUCUGCGAAUACCGACUUUAGAUAAAUGUUGCAGUGCAUGACAGUAUGAGGUUUCGUUAUUAUCGUUGUGUUUCUGUGGGAGCAAAAUGAGAAAAAGGAUUUUUGUUUGGUGUUGUAUGAUGUUUAUGUUACAUCGGACAUUACUAGCAUUUGAAUUUCAAGAUAUUACUAGUGAAAUAUUCCCAUUAAAUGAAGAUUUUGGUGUGAUAUCAGCUUUUGGUCAUUUUAAUACCGAUGAAUUUACUGAUAUGCUUGCCAUACAACAAGGGGGUAAUAAAUUACAGCUUUUUCAAGGUAGUGAAAAGAGACCAUAUUUUCAACCAUUAGUUAACUGUUCGUAUAGUAAUGUGAUAACAAGUGUUAUACCCGGAGAUUUUAAUGGAGAUACUGUUAUUGAUAUCAUGAUCACUUUGUCAAUAGAUCGUGGUGUAAAUGAAGUUAAAAUAUUAUGGGGAAGCAAUGGCACUAUUAAUUGCAAAUCCGAUACUAUUUUCACUGUUACAAAUCAGCCUAUAGUUGUAGACUUCAAUGGAGAUAUGAUUCCAGACAUUAUUGGUGAGACAAGGGACAAAGAAAGAUAUGUUUGGUUUUCAUCUGAAGACAAAAAAUUUAAAAAUCAAAGCUUACAACACUUGGUUAGACAAACUAUUAGAAAUCCUCAUUCUUCAGGACUGAUAGAUUUGAAUAAUGAUUUUUUGCCGGACUUGCUGAUAAUGGGAGAAUAUAAUAUGGAAGUCUGGUGUUAUACUGGAACUGAAUUCAUGAGAAAUGAUUCUUUGUCUUACCCAACUUUAAAUUUAGAACCAAUAGUAUUUAAAUGGCAGUCAACAUUUGUAGAUUUAAAUCUGGAUGGAAAAUUGGAUCACAUUAUGCCCGUUUGUUAUGAUCGUAAAUGUGAAAAGUCUGCAAUUCUAGUGUCGGAUAAUGUUUCUCAUUGGCAUAUCUUGUUGGAUAAUUUUAUCAACCCAAAAGAUAAGAGUAACUGGGGUUUUAAACUGCCGAUUGGCUCUACUUUAGAAAUGGUAGCAUUACCAGUUACUCUCAGAGUAGGCGAUAUAGAUUUGGAUGGCUAUCCUGAUUUUUUAACUGUGUUACAAUCAAAAAGAAAUGCAUCUGAUGUUAGAGCUGUUAUUCUUAGAAAUAUACCAUGUAAAAAUUGUCAGAAUUGUUCAUAUGAUAGAUGUUUAGAAAUUGAAUGGGAGGUUCCUGGUUUGAAAGAUGUUCAGAACAUUCAGAUUUUAGCUUUUUUUGAUUUAUAUGAAGAUGGCAUUUUAGAUAUACUUGCAUCUUCAAAUACUAAAGAAGAGUGGAAGAUACAUGCUUUUAAAAAUACAGAAGUGUUUGAUUCAUGUUUUGUGAAAGUUUUAGUACUUAGUGGACUUUGCUCAAGAUGCCCAGUGGAACCUUAUGGAGUAAAUCAACCAGGACCAAUGGUUAGAUACAAUAUGACAAAGCAGGAUGGCCAGCCAGUUGUCAGCACUUCAAUCCAAAUGUCACAGUCUGCUCAUUUCCCAUUACAGCUUCCAUAUUCAAUUUUUGGACUUGGUCAAACUCCUAAUUUCAUUGAUAUCUUAACUAUAUCCAUACCUGCAAAAUUCAAGAAGAAUGUUCAUAAGCAUGAUUGGACCCAAAUCAUUCCUAACUCUCAAAUUGUUGUCAUACCUAAUCCUCCUGUUGAUGAAAAUAAAUGGGUAACAAAACUGUUCGUAACUCCUAGUCAUCUUGUCUUGAAAACAGGUAUUGCAUUGAUUGGGACCUGUGUAUUUUUAUCAUUGCUUGUUGUUCUUCUGCAUUGGAAAGAACGAAAAGAAGACAAAUUGGAAAAAAUGCAAGAUGCGUAUAGGUUUCAUUUUGAUGCAAUGUAAAAUAUUAAGUUUCUUAAAGAAAUUAUUUGUGGGUAUGUAUGUGUGUGCAUAUUUAAUGUAAAAUAAAUUUUAAUAUGUUUAAAAUUCAUCCCAUAAUCAAUUUGGAAUAAACAAAUGUAAAAACCAGAUGCCAGAAGCACAGUGGCAAACUGCAAAAAAAGGGGGGAAGAAGCUAAAACGAAUAAUGAAGUAAGAAAUUUACAUCUUUCACUGUAUUGUUAUCAGGGUGUUGAUACAAUAAAUAUAUAAUAAAAUAUAUAUAUAAUAAAAAUUCAUAACAAAUAUCCAGUGCUAAAGCAGUUGAGAUCAUAUGUUAGAUUUUAAUAGAUGUAAUACAUUAGUUAAAUAUUCUCUUAGUGUAAUACAGUUUGUAUUUUAUUAUAAUUGAUUUAAUUUGAAUUAAGCAUAAUUACAUAAAUUAAAGGAAAUGCAAAUAAUUUCCAUGUAAUAUGCCUUUCAAAUUGAAUACUGUGAUUUAAAACCAUAUGCUAUGUUAUUUCAUUUUAUAUAGUUAUGUUGAAGAUUUCAUGAAAGGCCGGUUCACUUCAUCAUCCAGAAUUUAAAUGGUGUGUUAUUUCAGCCUGAGAGGAUGAAGAGAGGAAUAGAAUAUUUAUGAAAGCUUGAAUAGAACUGUAUAAUCUACUAAAAUUUAAAGGUUGUUGUUUUGAUUUUUUUUAUUAACUAACUGCUAUUUGUAAGUAGUAGUACUAUUCUCAAAAUAAUAUGAAUUUCCAAUGGUGUAAUUUUGAUAAUUGUGUAUUAUGCCAUAGACCAAUUGGCUACCAUUGAUUCAUGAAAAUUUUCAGUAAUCCUGCCAAAGUUACACUAGUCAAUCCUAUGGAAUUCUAAAGAACUUAUUUAAUAAACAAUUAUUAUCCAAUUCA